AUUGGCGCUCUUGAAGCGGGUCGCCAGCAAACCGGUCCCAUCAUCGUCAUUAGCAAGUGAAUCUUCGCCUCAUCCGCAUCUCCUUCUCUCACGAACGAAAUGCAGCGAUUCGAAGCCGCCUUCUUCCUGCUGGCAGCCCUCACAGCCCUGGUACACACAGGUUCAGGCCAGCGGCAGUGCCCUUCGGCGAGCCUGUACUAUGCCCAUGAGCGCAACUGCGACAUGUACUACAAGUGCGAGAACGGGACCCUCCGCGAGGGCAUCUGUCCCGAUGGGCUGGUCUUUGAUGACCGACAGAGUCCAGAUGUCCUCAAGUGCGAAUUACCCUUUGAGAUAGACUGCAGCUAUAGAACCGCUCUGCAGCCUCCACAGUCAACAGAACACUGCCCUCGGCUGUAUGGUCUGUACGCUCACGAAACAGACUGCACACGUUUCUGGCAAUGCGUGGAGGGCCAUGCCUUCGCCUUCUACUGUCCGGAAGGACUGGCUUACAACGAGUACAGUGCGCAUUGUGACUGGCCUGACGAAGUGGAGUCCUGUGAUUCGGAAUCCCUGCUAGGCUUCCGUUGUCCCCAACCCACGGACCAGGAAUUGCAGGAUUUCGGAGAUCCCCGUUAUCCUUAUCCCGGAGACUGCCGCAAGCACUAUGUCUGCGUUCUGACUCCGGACGGAUCCAGAAAACCCAGACUUCUGGCUUGUGAUCCAGGACUCGUCUUCAAUCCCAGGACAUCGUCUUGUGAUGAUCCGGAGAAUGUGCAAGGAUGCCAAGGUUAUUACAACAACUUGGAUGCACGAAGACUCAGAGAACUCUUCGGAAGACGAUGAAAGAAAAAGAAAUGGUGAUGUUCGACAACUUGUUCGUAAAGAAUCCCCUUUAAAUAUACGAUUCUGGAAGAUAAAAAGAAGCAUUUUAGCACGAAACAAUGUUAUUUCCUCUUUCUCUUAAAAGUGUAAAUUCAUCUUUUGGUUAUCCAUUUUUUCCUCAUCAUUCCAAAAAAGAGCCUUUUUAAGUUUUCCCGUGUGCGAUCUCAUAAUCUUUAAAAAUGUGCUGACCUCAAACGUACCGAUGAAAAAAAUUUCUUGCAUAACAAGUUUGGAUAGAAGUGUAAGAAUAUGUUUAUUAAUUACAAUAAAAAGAAGGAAGUGG